AUGAAUGUUAUCGGUAAAAUCACACCAUCGUCUGGUGCAGCCAAACAUGAGUGGAUACUUGUUGCAACGGACUACUUCACCAAAUGGGUCGAAGCCAAGUCAUAUACCAAGCUAACGUUUAAGGAAGUUUGUAGUUUCAUUGAAGAAAACAUUGUGACUAGAUUCGACGUGCCAGAAACAAUCAUAACGGAUAACGGUACAAUUUUUACAUCCGACAGAUUUAAGGACUAUGCAGCAAAUCUAAAGAUUCGACUCGAGCAAUCUACGCCAUACUACCCUCAAGCAAAUGGACAAGUCGAAGCAAGUAAUAAGGUUCUUAUUGGUAUUCUUGAAAAGAUGAUAAAAGAGAGGCCAGGCAUGUGGCACUUAAGGAUAAAUGAAACGUUAUGGGCUUAUCGAACCUUUCUAUGGACAGCCACCGGAACGACUCCGUACGCGUUGACUUAUUGA